AUGGCGGCCGCGGACUCAGACAAGCGACUCGCUCUCAUCAAGGAGAACCUCGCUGAGGUGUUGAACGAGGAGAUCAUCAAGAAGAUUCUCGAUGAGGGGCAACAUCCCAAGAUCUACUGGGGAACCGCAACAACAGGCCGUCCACACUGUGGCUACUUCGUCCCCGCCAUCAAGAUCGCCCAGUUCCUCGCCGCCGGCUGCGACGUGACCAUCCUCCUCGCCGACAUCCAUGGCUUCCUCGACAACCUCAAGGCGCCCCUAGAGCUGGUCAUGCACCGUGCCGAGUUCUACCGCCACAUCAUCAUCGCGACGCUCCAGGCCAUUGGCGUGUCGACGGAGAAGCUUCGGGUCGUGCUCGGCAGCUCGUACCAGAAGAGCCCCGAGUACGUCAUGGACGUGUAUAAGAUGGCGUCGCUCAUCUCGGAGCACGACGCGAAGAAGGCCGGCGCCGAAGUGGUCAAGCAGACGGACAACGCGCCCAUGAGCGGCCUGCUGUACCCCAUCUUGCAGGUGCUGGAUGAGCAGUACCUGGACUGUGACGCGCAGUUCGGCGGCAUGGACCAGCGGAAGCUGUUCACCGCCGCCAAGGAUUGGCUGCCCAAGCUGGGCUACCGGGAGCGUGCCCAUCUGCUGAACCCCAUGGUUCCUGGGUUGCACGGCGGCAAGAUGAGCUCGAGUGACCCCGACAGCAAGAUUGAUCUGCUUGAUACGCCGGAGACGGUUGCCAAGAAGAUCAAGAAGGCGCAUGCCGCGCCGCAAGUUGUCGAGGAUAACGGUCUAAUCUCUUUUAUUGAGUUCGUUUUGCUACCUGCGGCGCGCCUCCGUGGGAAUGGGGAGUUCCGCGUCGAGCGUGAGCGGGAUGGGUUGGAGCCGCUCGUUUACACUGAGGCAGAGAAGAUUUGUGAGGAUUACAAGAACGAUGUGUUGACGCCACAACUCCUUAAACCCGCUAUUGCGAAGGCGCUCAGCGCACUCUUAGCCCCCAUUCAAGAGGCAUUCCAAGCUUCCAAGGAGUGGCAAGAGAUCGCCGAGAAGGCCUACCCACCACCCCCGAAAAAGGAGAAGAAGGUCAAGAAUAAGGGGACACGUUACCCUGGGGGUUCUGAGCAGGCUGGGAGCAAAGACAAGGAACUGCCUGUCCGGCCAAACUUUAAGAACCCACAAUAG